AGUACUAAUCUCGGACUUGGAGCCCAUCAAGACCGUGAUGUUAUGCUAGCCCGAUGACCGAUGCGGCAAUCAAACAUGUGAGAGGUGUGCCCCCGUUAUCAGCACAAAAAGGAACCAUGCCAAUGCGCAUCGGCAGCAUCACAGGUUUUUAUAUAUAAAUCCAGUUGUCGAUAAGAGAAAUUACUCUCCAUCUGCGCAGGAUUCCGCACAUCCAUUACAACCAACAAUGUCUUCCUCGGCGCAGGGCCUCAUCCCACAACUCAACGUCGAGAAUACGUUCGGGGCGCUUUUUAUUGGCGUUACCAUCGCAGCAGUUCUCUUUGGUCUAAGCUGCGUUCAAUCUUUCGUUUACUUUCAGACACAUAGGGACACAGGGACAACAUUCUAUAAGUUGGCUGUCAUCUGUCUCUGGAUACUCGAUGCUCUGCACCUGGCCUUGAUCAUCCACUGCGUCUAUUAUUAUCUAGUGAGCAACUAUGCAAAUGUCAAUGCCCUCGCGGAAAUUGUAUGGAGUUUCAAACUUCAAAUAGUAGUCGAGGUUUUCAUAAUCUAUGGGGUACAUAUCCUGUAUCUUCAGCGUAUAUGGAUACUCAGCAGGGGUCAAUCAAGAACCCUCCCUAUCAUAGUGGGCAUAGUCACGAUUUUAAACUCAGGUGUUGCCAUCGCCCUUAUUUGGGCCAUAUAUCAGUGUCAGGUGUUCUCGGAUUUGGUUAAAAUGGAGUGGGCGACAUUCUUGACUUUGGGCACGAUAACUUUUGCCGACGUCGUUGUCGCAUCAUCACUAUGCUACCUCCUGGCUACCUCGCGUACUGGAUUCUCUAGCACCAAUUCCUUGAUAACAAAGCUCAUGGUUUACAUCAUUAAUACCGGUUGUCUGACGAGCAUAUGUUCGAUGGUGGCUGUGAUUACAUGCGCAAUCAUGCCGACCAACUUCAUCUUCCUCGCCAUUGAAUUUUUAUUGGCUAAAUUAUAUGUCAACUCGUUCCUCGCACUCCUGAAUGCACGACACUAUACACAGGUCACCACAGGCACCAAUAAUUGCUAUGCAUUCCGCAACCGCCAUGGGGUCUACCGUCCGGAGCUGCACAUUAAGGCGUCAGAAUAUGAGCUCCAGGCACAUGCCGACGAUGAAGCUGUGCAUCCUUCUCGAUCUGUCAAGCCACAGCAUUCGAUUGCGGUGACAACAGAGAUGAAUUCUUUCUCAUCUGUGUAGGACCUUACGGGCUCUUAUCAAACAAUACACAGUUGCGGGCAACGAUGAAUCUAAUCUGAGUCUAUUGUUGGAUAUGUAACUACUGCAAGCUUAUAAUUAUAUAUGUAAGUCAUUUGAG